AUGGCGCUUUCCACUGUUUACAAGCACGCUCUGCUUGCGCUUGUCGUCGGCGUCGUUCUCACCUGCCCCAGCGUCUGCGCUGAGGCCGUAACCGCCGCUGCACCAUGCACUUCAACCAUCUUCAUCGAGCCCUCCAUCAUGGCCGGUCCAACAUCCACCGUCUAUCCGAGCACCUUCACCGUGACCAAGAGCGUCGACUGCGGCGGAUGUGACUCCUUGUCCACGAUUGGAGGGCACAUAUUCAUCAUGGUCACCCCCCUUACGACUGUAUUUGCGAGCGAGACUGCUACUACGACCAAGAUGGUGUGCUCCAAGGCCGGGAAUGGGGAUCGUGGUCUCCACUGUGAGGGUGGGCGUUGCAUCUUCACUGGCCAUCCAGGGUAG